AUGGAAAUCAAAAGUUUGAAGAAGGCGGACACCAUUUUUGACUCGUAUGUCGAGCUCGCGCUGUGCGCGGAGUCAUCGGUGUUCCAUUGGAUAUAUCUGCGCGACAAUUGCACCUGCACGGAGUGCUUCCACGACGCAACGGUUCAGCGGACGCUAGAUACCUUCGACGAGCUGCCAUGGAAAGUGUGUCGGCAGUCAUACUCCGCAGAGGCUCCCAAAGAGGCCGAGUUUGAGAUCCGAGAGGGCAAGCUUCGGGUGAGAUGGCCGGACGAGCACGUAAGCGAAUUCUCGGAGGACUGGCUGCGUCGCCAUAGCUACCAGCCUCCGUUGUCGACGAAGCCCAAGGCGCUUUCAUUGCCUGCGAAGUCGCACUGGGACCGCGCGGAGUUUAAUAAGCUGCUCGGCGACGGCGCGCACUUCUGCACCCGAUAUGACAACCUGCCCAGCGAGUUGCCCACCGUGCUCCGGGAGAUAUACGAGUUUGGGUUCACGUUUGUGCGGAAUGUGCCCGUAAGCAUUGAGGCCACCAAGACGGUUUCCGAGUUGAUCUCGAUAAUAAGGCCCACGCACUACGACACCGGGGUAUGGGAGUUCACGUCGGACCUUGCCAAGCACGACACCGCCUACACGACGGUCGGCAUCAGCAUGCACACGGACGGAAACUACUGGCACGAGCUUCCCGGGUUGCAGCUGUUUCACCUGCUGGAGCAUUCGGGUGGAGAGGGCGGUGAGACCCAGAUAGUGGACGUCGCGAAGGUCGUCGACCAGCUGCGCGAGCUCGCGGCGCAGGACGAGUCUUGGCGCACGACCUACAAGGUCUUGACCGAGCAUCCCCUGGCAUUCCACCAGUCGGGCGAGCUUGACAGCGUGUUCUACCAGGCGGAUUACCCAACGCUGACCCUCGAUGCUACAGGUGAGCUGGAACAGUGUCGGUGGAACACAAGCGAUCGGAUCUCGCAGGCACCACUGGCGCCUGGCUCGCCAUACACUGUUCCCCAGGUUUACCAGGCUCUAUUCCGCCUCGAUUCCUUGAUAAAAGAUGAGAAGAACUACGUGCAGUUCAAAAUGCAGCCGGGAACCAUCUUCAUAUUUGAUAAUUGGAGAGUCUUGCAUGCGCGGACUUCCUUCACUGGCUGCAGACGACUAUGUGGUUCCUACUUGACCAGGGACGACUUUUUGGCCAGGUUCCGCUCCAUUGUAUUCGACAGAGAAGCCAUCAAAGAUGAGAUAUAUCAGUAA